CAUCAUCUCCGCCCAGAUCUAGGCCGCACCACUGGCGUAUUUUGAACAAGUUGAAACCAGUCAGAUUGGUGGAUGUUGGGCGCUGAUUCAUCCUCGAACCAAUCGCUUAGUCGGAAGUGCCACAAAACCUGCCAGAUUUCGCCUCCACAGAGCAAAAUCUGCGAAAAUGUUGUGCUCGUCUUUGUUUUGACUUGUCGACGCAAAGUCAUGACAAGAAUGGAUCUUUCCACUCUUUCCUAUAAUAUUCUGCGCGAUUCGGUGGUUGUCGUGACUUGUCUUCUGAUAUUUAGUGGUGACUUUACGGCCGGAAAAUGGACGAGAGAAAAAUGGAACCGAAGGAAGUUUCCACUGAAGUUUUAGUUAAAGUGUAUUGCGAAAUUGAGUGGUGUUUUAGUGACUCUGGGGAUAAUAACAUGCUAAUUAAGAAAAUGAAGUUAUCGGAUGGCACCGAGUCUCCAAUAUUAGAAGAACAAGAGAGUGCCAACUCAGAGAAACCAAAACAACUCGUCAAAUAUGGAGAACUAGUCAUUUUAGGAUACAACGGUUUUCUACCUCAGGGCGACCGAGGCAGACGACGUAGCAAAUUCGUAUUGUACAAACGACCAACAGCGAACGGAGUCAAGAGAUCGAAACACUAUGUCGUCAAAACGCCCCAUUCGUCUCAGGCCAUCCUGGACGCAAACCAGCACUCGAUAUCCUACACACUUUCACGCAACCAUGCCGUCAUAGUGGAAUACACCCCCGACGAUGACACCGACAUGUUUCAAAUCGGUCGUUCGUCGGAAGCCCCCAUCGACUUCGUGGUCAUGGACACCGUCCCCGGGGACAAGACUGGCGAAACCAAGGUGAUGCAAAGCACGAUAUCGCGAUUUGCGUGUCGGAUUUUAUGCGAUAGGAAGAAUCCGAAAAUUGCGAGGAUAUACGCCGCCGGUUUUGACACCUCCAAAAACAUAUUUCUCGGGGAGAAAGCAACGAAAUGGCAGGAAAACGGGCGCGAAAUCGACGGUUUGACCACGAAUGGUGUGUUAAUUAUGCAUCCAAGAGGGACGUUUUGUGGGGGAGAUGCCAAGUGUAGUUAUUGGUUGGAGACGUCUGUUGGUGGAGGUGUGUUUUCGUUGAGGGAGUCAAGGUCGGCCCAACAGAAGGGCCAAGUGGUGGAAAACGAGACGAAUAUUUUGGAAGAUGGGACUUUGAUCGAUUUGUGCGGGGCUACGCUGUUGUGGAGGUCGGCAGAGGGGCUCACAAAAUCGCCGAGCAAACGCGACCUGGAGCGCGAAAUCGACGAAAUCAACGCCGGUCGCCCGCAGUGCCCCGUUGGCUUGAACACUUUAGUCAUUCCCCGAAAAGUCACACCGAACGAAAACCUGCAACAGCCUUACGUUUAUCUCAACUGCGGACACGUCCAAGGCUUGCACGAUUGGGGCCAAGACAAGGAUUCGGGCGCCCGAAAGUGCCCCAUUUGCCUAGAAUUGGGACCGGUUGUGAAGGUCUUUAUGGGGCUCGAGCCGGCGUUUUAUGUCGAUUCGGGGCCCCCGACGUUCGCGUUCAACCCGUGCGGGCACAUGGCCACCGAAAAGACCGUCAAGUACUGGGCAAAUGUGGCUAUUCCGCAUGGUACGAAUGGGUUUCACGCCGUGUGCCCCUUUUGCGCUUCGCCCCUGGCGGGGUCUCCGGGGUACGUCCGCCUAAUUUUCCAGGAUAAUGUGGAUUGAAAGGAAUGUAGAGUAGUCCACCAAAGCUUUAUUUAUGUUUUUGCUCUUUUAUUUAAUGUAUAAUUGGUUUUUAGCAGUCUCAUUUAUUAAUUUUUUGGAAAUUACCCAAUUGUAAUUACUUGUAAUUAUUGUAUAUAAUUGCACUUGAAGAUGGGAGCGAGCCGAGAAUUGCAGUUGUAUCAUAUCAUGAUUUUUUUAAUGGAAAUUGCGGUUUAUUACAGUGCAAAUGCGUGAAUCGUUAAGACUGGUUAGGAUUUAGCUUAUAAUGUAAUAAGUAUUUAAUAUAAAUCGACCUGUUAAUGCAAUGUUUUAUUCAAAAAAAAUAUUUUUACAUACUUAAUUGACCCAGAUUUUUUGAUUUUAUCGUGAUAACAGGCUGUCUCAAAAUUGGCGAAUUUUAGUUCAGAGCUUUGUAGAGAAUUGCUUCAAUAGUCCAAAUAUAGAAAAAAAAAUUAAGAUUCUGGGUUUCAACCAAUGUCUCUGCGGGGAAGUCCCAAAUCUUCAUUUUGUUUUUACAUUGGGACUACUGAAGGGAUUCUCUACAACGCUUUGAACUCGGAAUUCGUUAAUUUUGAGACACCCUGUAAGUUUCUCCGUUAGUCACUUUUUGUAUAUACUAGACGAUAAGUUGCCGUAGUUAAUAUUUAAGCUACUAUAGUCCCACGAAAUGAAUUUAUCUGUGCCUGGAUUCACUAAAAAAAGUUUAAAAAUUGAA